CGGCCAAGGGAUGAGCUGGGGCCCGCCUUCCCAAUGGCAUCUCCCCGUGGUCUGGAACUGAAGACACUGAGCAAUGGUCCCCAGGCCCCAAGGAGACCAGCUCCUCUGGGUCCAGCGGCCCCACGCAGGGAGGGUGUGGAGAAUGCCUGCUUCUUUUCGGAGGAGCACGAGACUCAUUUCCAGAACCCUGGGGAGGCCAGACUGUGCAGCUCCCCCAGCCCCGCUGAGGGCGUCCCCUCAUGGCCCCGAUCCCAGAGGGACGCCCUGUCCCUGCGUUCAGAAGAGGGGCCAGGCCUGGAGCCUGUGAGCCGCCCGGUGGAUUACGGCUUCGUUUCCGCUCUGGUUUUCCUGGUGAGCGGGAUCCUCCUGGUGGUGACUGCGUACGCCAUCCCCCGAGAGGCGCGUGUCAACCCGGACACAGUGUCAGCACGGGAGAUGGAACGACUAGAAAUGUACUAUGCGCGCCUGGGCUCACACCUGGACAAGUGCAUCAUUGCAGGCCUGGGGCUGCUCACAGUGGGCGGCAUGCUUUUGUCCGUGCUGCUGAUGGUCUCCCUGUGCAAGGGAGAGCUGUACCGCCGGCCGAACUUCGUCCCUGGCAGGGGCUCCAGGAAGACCUACGGCUCCAUUAACCUGCGCAUGAGACAGCUCAGUGGGGAUGGGAGCCAGGCCCUGGUGGAGAACGAAGUCGUCCAGGUCUCGGAGACCAGCCGCACCCUCCAGGGGUCUUAA